CUCACCGUCCCAACGUCGCCCGUCGCCGCAUCUCACCGUCGUCCGACGACGCGGACGUGAAGGGCCCGACGUCUGACGCUGCCCUCGCCGCUCGAACCCCGUCCAACACCGCCCUCGCCGUCGCAACGUCGUCCGUCGCCACAUCUAACCGUCGUCGUUGUACGCCGGGGACGUGAAGGGCCCGACGUCUGACGCCGCCUCCGCAGCACUGUCGUCGAACGUCGUCGACGUCUACACCGCAGGCCAAGGUUUGUCAUGCCCGUCAUCUAAACCUAGCGGGAUAGAUACAGGUUUCGCGUGAGGAAUACAUGCAUGCAAACUCAUUUUUUUAUUUUUCUUUUUUUGCAAAUAAGUUGCGUUGGGCACUAAAUUCGUUUACAGUACAUGAACGAGUAAUUACACAGUUGAUGCAGGCUGGUCAUUCGUUUGUGCUGCCCGUAACUGCGCAUGCAUGGUGUUGUGUGUUUUCUACUGGAUAAUAGAUGUAGUAAUGAGCUGGGAUGAAAGUAGUAAUAGCAGUACUAAAAAAAUUGUUUUUCUGGAGGGUAGGCUUGAGCCUGUUUAAGCCUGUCUAGUAGACUCGCCGCUGGAUAGAAGUGAGGGCUAGUUCAUGCAUGUACGGAUUUAGGGUUUAGGGUUCAUCAAAACCUCCCGCCGCAGCGCCUCCUCUACGGACUAGGGCAUGAUUUACAGAACUAGCGUUGCUUUGGGCAUGAUGCAUUGUACUAAACCUAACACACGAUGUUUUGCAGUUCUGUGAGUUAGGCGUGUUGACAUGGACGAAGAAUCUGCAUUCGGGAGGGACGAGAAUGGUACUGAUAAGGUGACUAAGACCAAUAACGAUAACUUGAACGAAGAUGAUGACAGCAGCGACAACGAUUCUGUCUCGUCAUAUGAUAUCUUACCUCCGGAGGAUUUUGAUAAUAAUGAACAUGGCGCAAAUAGCGAAAACAAAGAUGUGGAUGUUGACAAUGUGCAACAUAGUUGGCAGGAAUCAUUUGCAGAUAACUUGAGCCAGGAGGAGUCAGAUGGUCCGAGCGUUGAUCAUGAUGAGGGAGAGAUCGAUAUUAAGGAGGCUCAAAGGCAGCAGAAGAUGCUUGAGACACAUUGGAAGGUCAUGGCUAUGACCUUUCGGUCGCAAGGGGAUGCAUACAUAUUCUACAACAAUCACGCCAGAGAACACGGGUUUAGCAUAAGGAAACAGAAGGUGAAACGAGGUGCUUCGGGAAUGAUCCGGUACCGGCGGUUUCUUUGCUCCAGGGCUGGGAGAAGGCAGAGCAAGUUCAUAACCAUGGAGGGCCGCAAGCGCAGGCUUAGACCGGAGACUCGUUGUGACUGCGGUGCACAUAUGAUGGUGAAGCUGAACAGAGAACGUGGCGUUUGGUUCGUCGCAUCAUUCGUGGAUGAUCACAACCACGCGAUGGCUCGGCCCGACGAGGUUUGUUUUUUAUGGUCACACAGAUGGAUUGGAGAUGGGCAGAGGGCCGAGAUAUUGGCCAUGGAAGCGGCCGGGAUAAGAAAGCAUAUUAUAAUGGACAACUUCAUCAGCAGAUACGGUUCGUACGAUAAGUGCGGGCUUAUCAGGAGGGACAUUUACAAUCUUUGUUGCAGAGAAAAAAUGAAGCUCAUUGCAAAGGGUGAUGCAGAGACGGCAGUUGGCAUUAUGAGGAGUAGGAAGGAGAAGGACCCUGAGUUUUUUUUUGAGUAUGUGCGUGACAAGGAAGGGCGACUGAAGAGUAUGUUCUGGUGCGAUGCACAGUCGUGGAGGGACUAUCAGGACUACGGAGAUGUGGUCGUGUUUGAUAGCACGUAUAAGAUGAACAGAUACGGUAUGCCGUUCGUCCCCUUUGUAGGAGUUAACAACCACCGUUGCACCACAGUGUUUGGUUGUGCCAUCAUUGCUGACGAGACGGAAGGGACAUACGUGUGGCUGCUGCAGACAUUUAUGAAGGCAAACUGUCAGGUGAAGCCAAAGUCAAUAAUCACAGACGGUGACGCUGCAAUGAUCCGGGCUAUUCGGACCGUCCUUUCAGAUGUUUUCCAUCAUCUUUGUUCGUGGCAUAUCGAGAAAAAUAUGCAGAGGCACCUGCAUUACAAGUCACUGGAUGAGUUCAGAUCGCUCCUGUACUAUGCCACCUCUCAAGCGAACUUUGAGCAGAGAUGGAAAGCUUUCUAUGAUAAGUGGAAGACGGAUAGAACUGAAGAGUGGCUUGACAGGAUGUACAGGAAGAGGAGACUGUGGGCAGCUUCAUAUCUUUCCGAUGGUUUUUUUCUUGGUAUGCGAAGUAACCAGAGGAGUGAAAGCCUCAACUCAUGCCUUCACCUUCACCUGGACUACGGUAUGACAAUUGUUGAUUUGGUGGUGCAUUAUGAGAACUGUAUAGUUCGCCUGCGUGAGAACGAGGCGUACGAUGACUGCGAGGCAUUCCAGAAGGAACCACCGUCUGUUACUGAAUAUAAAGUCCUUGAGGAGCAUGCCGCCAAAGUAUUCACACCUGCUAAUUUCUACAUCUUGCAAGAUGAUUUGCAUAAGAUGGGUCAGCUGGAGAUAUUUGAGACGCUCGUGGGAAUUGGGCGUGAGACAUUCAUUGUGACAUGGAAGGAUAACCACAAGUUUAGGUACAAUGUUGUUUAUGAACCAGGUAACUCAGAAGAAACUAUUACAUGCAGUUGUCUUAGGAUGGUUCGGAAAGGGCUGCCAUGCAAACACAUUCUGUUUGUUCUCCAUCAUCUGAAUUUAACUGAAAUACCAAAGUGUUGUGUCCUUCAUCGGUUGUCCAAACAUGCAAGAGAUGGGUUGUCUGUGCAGAGGAAGAGUGAUAUGUUUGGAUGGGGUUGGUUAGGGCCAUUGGAGAGAGAACGGUAUAGUGCAAUAUCCAUUAAAACCGCACAAGCUGCUCAUGUUGCAGCAAAUGAUCCCUUCUUGUUCGAUGAGUUGAUGAAGUGUCUAGACAACAUAAUAGCACAGAAAAAAAAUUCAGAGGAGGAACUUAUAGGAAGUAGAAGGUAUGCUAUGCUGAAGAAGGAGGCAAGUCAAGUGCAACAAGUUGAGCCUGGUAUUGGUGAUCCUCAGAAAGUUUCGACGAAGGGUGCACCUAAGAAGGGGCGGUCAAAGGGGGGCCCCGGCGUUACAAAGAAUGGUAGGCCAAAAGAUUUUACAGAGAAGAAAAGUGGUCCUUUGUGCAGUUUGUGUAGUCAAGCAGGUCAUAAUAAGGCUACAUGUCAUUUGAACGAGAAGAACUGGGCGUAGGUACAGAUGCAGGUUGGUUUGUACGAAGAAUAAAAGUGGUCGCACGAACCUUUGUCGUUUUUUAUUUGUACGUGUCUGCAAGAAAACUUGAUAAGUUAUUUGUUUGUGUUUUGAUAAAAGAUAUAUGUAAUAAAUUUGGAGAUGACA